CCAGCUGACAGUUUGACGUCAGCCUUGGUUGUGUUUUUGAAACGAUGUAGUAAUCAUUUUAUCUAGCAUGGCUGUAAGUGUAUUUAAAGCAGCCUUGUUACCCCGUUUUAAUUUUCCUUCCACCGAAUAUUGGUUCAGAGGGAACAUGAAUAGUUUAACAUUACUAGCCGUCUUUGCUCUGGGUGUGAUGUUUACGUGUUUUGUGUCGAUGUUGACGUUGUACAUCCAAAAAGAAAUCGGACUUCAAGAAACUGAAAGGAUUACAGAAGAUUUAAUAGCUAAUCGACGAAAAAUUUUAGAAAAAUCUCAGAAGUUUGUGUUGGUCCCUGAUGAAUCUCACUUGUCUGUGGGCAGCGAUACAGAGCUGUCAGUUGAUCCAGCCGUUUAUGUGUCUACUGCUGAGACCUCAGAAAAGAAGAACAGCAAAGAUGCAAAUGUUCUGGAAGCUUUGGGAGCUCUGCAUGCAGCUAUUGAAAUGCAUAAAAGUGGAAAACACUCAAAAGCGAUGAAGCUUUUCAGCCAUGCCCUGGCUCUAAACCCGGAGCAUCCUGACAUCUUGAAUCACUAUGGGGAGUUUUUAGAAGAAACCGAAAGAAAUCUCCUGGAUGCAGACUAUCACUACUCAAGAGCUCUCACCUUCUCUCCAAAUCACAUGAGAGCACUCGAAAAUCAUCAGAGAACCUCCCCCAUAGUCGAUGAAUUAGACAACAAUUUACUUAAAAGGAUAGACCAAAAAAGAGAUGACCUUCUGAACACUCCAGACUCGAGCUCUGGUUUGAGAAGAAUAAAAAAAGAAGCCUAUUUUCAAUACAUCUACCACACAUUGGGCAUCGAAGGCAACACGAUGUCUCUAGCUCAGACGAGAACAAUUGUCGAAACUCGCAUGGCAGUUGGCGGAAAGAGCAUAAUGGAGCACAAUGAAGUCUUGGGCCUCGACGCAGCUUUAAAGUACAUCAACAGCACUCUAGUCCACCGAAUAGGAGCAAUUACCUUUGAAGAUAUUCUCGAAAUCCACCGACGAGUUUUGGGCUUUGUCGACUUGUUUGAAGGAGGUCGACUGAGAUCGACGCAAGUGUUUGUGGGGAAUCAUAUUCCACCAGGUCCCUCAGAGGUCCAACUUUUGAUGAAAGACUUUGUUAGGUGGUUGAAUUCUGCUGAAUCUCUAUCUCAACACCCCAUUCGUUUCGCUGCACUGGCCCACUACAAACUCGUGUACAUUCACCCCUUUAGCGACGGCAACGGACGCACAUCUCGCUUGUUGAUGAAUCUAAUCCUCAUGCAAAGUGGCUACCCUCCAGUCAUCAUUCGCAAACAGGACAGAGCCAAAUAUUACGAUUACCUUCAGCAAGCAAACGAAGGAGAUGUCCGGCCGUUCAUCAGAUUUAUUGCCCACUGUGCAGAGCAUACCCUGGAUGUGUACCUGUGGGCCACAACAGAACACAGGACGAGUAUAGCCGAGUUAGCACAAGAAGGCCAAGAGGACGACGGCAAAACAAUCAUCGUCGAUCAGCAAAACUGUUGCGUGGGCGGCUGAGUAAAAAAAAAUUCUGGUCGUUCCUAUUUAACCAAAAUUUAAAAACCUAAUUCAAAUUCCUCUAUGUGUAAAUACGGAAAACACAUCGCCAUUUUUAAAAACUGGGUUAUAUAGAUUGUGAUCCAAGCGAUUUUCAAAUUAAACGACUAUGGAUGUGCAAUUAAAAAUCAACGUUUUUCGUUCACUCCGAUUAA